CCCCCAGAGAGCAGCGUCAGUAUCUCUCUAGAGCUAUCUCUGUCUAUAGUCUGCACCUUUGAUUGCCACACACUUUACCCUGAGACUGCACCUGCCAGACCUUUCUGUGGACCAUGCAUACUAAAGGAAAUUCCUGCUGCUGCUCUUUUGACGACUACAAGCAUACUUCUGAGUGGCUGCUAAGCCGGACAAGACACAGGCCCAAGAUAGCUGUGGUGUGUGGCUCAGGCCUGGGCUUGCUGGCAGACAGCGCCACCAACAAGCAGACCUUCCACUACACCGAUAUACCCAACUUCCCCGUCAGCACAGUUCCCGGUCAUGAGGGAUGUCUGGUGUUCGGGAAUGUGAAGGACAAGUCCUGUGUCUUCAUGCAGGGCAGAUUUCACCUGUAUGAGGGUUACUCUCUGUGUAAGGUCACGUUCCCCGUGCGGAUCUUCAAGCUCCUGGGCGUCGAGACCAUCAUAGUGACCAACGCCUCAGGCGGCUUGUGCCAGGACUUCAAAGUGGGCGACAUCAUGAUCAUCAAGGACCACAUUAACCUGCCAGGCUUCGCCGGGCAGCACCCGCUGUGCGGACCUAAUGACGAACGGUUCGGGAUCCGCUUUCCCUGCAUGUCAGAUGCCUACAGCAAGGACCUGAGGAAGCUAGCCAUGGAUAUCAGCGCUGAGCUGGGCUAUAGCAACUUUGUCCAAGAGGGGGUGUACUGCAUGGUGAGCGGGCCCAACUUUGAGACCAUUGCGGAGGCCCGCAUGCUGCAAAUCCUGGGGUGUGACUCUGUUGGUAUGAGCACGGUGCCAGAGGUGACGGUGGCUAAACACUGUGGCCUGCGAGUCUUUGGCCUGUCCCUAAUCACCAACAAGGUGUCGCUGGACUACAGUCGCGAGGAGAAAGUCAACCACGAGGAGGUUCUCCAGAUCAGCAAGAUGCGCGCGGAGAUGCUGCAGCAGAUGCUCAACACCCUCAUUGCUCGCUCCCACCAUGUGGACCAGGGUAUCAACAGCAAUUAAGGAGGAGGAGAGGGAGGGUGAGGAAGGGAGGCAGGAGAGGUGGAGGAGUAAAAUGUGAAAGGGGGAUAGGAGGGGGGAUGUAGGGUGGGAGGUGGGCAGGGGAGAGGAAGAGGAGUGUAAAAGGAGUAAUGCUGAGAUGAAGAGGAGAGUGGGAGAACCGAGGUGGCGAGAGGAGGGGAGCGAGAGGUGGAGGAGAGGUGGAGCCGAUCUACAGGAAAUAUUUCUAGUAUGAGAGCGAGGGGAAGGUGAAAAAUGGGUUGAGGGACCUGGAGAUAGAUGCUCCGGUGGAUAAGAGAGAAGGGAAGAGAAAGAAAGGGGGAGGUAGAGAGGUGUAGAAAGAGCCCAAGAGAUGGAUAGAACCACAAGUGCACACACAAGCAUACACACAGAAAUAAACCUUUCUUUGCACAAGUCUUUUCUAACUUCUCGAUCUAGUGUUCUUAACAAAAUACAAGAAGUGAAACCCCUUUUUGGAUGUAAUUAAAUUUCUAAAGCCAUCUUAAGCUUUUUUCCCCACAGAGCCAGAAUGUUAACAUUUUUUAAGCAUAUGUGAAGAUAUAAUCUUAAGCACUGAAACGAGGAUAUUUAAUAGUAUUUUUAACCUCAACUGAAGCAGUGGCACUACCUGAAAGCGUAGAGGGAGAGACAGGGAGAGAGAAAGAGAGAGAGAGAGAAAGAGAGAGAAAAAUGAGAAGGGAGAGGAAGACUGUAGAUAUUGAAAGAAGUGAGAGCCAGGGUGAUGUAAAGAAAGGGAGAGAGGGGAGGAUGAUAAACGAACACCACAAAUGUUUUUCUCCGUGAAGUACAGUACAUAUGAAAACCCUCCAACCAGAAAAUUGCAUUUAAUGACAGAUGGUGUGCAAAAGAUACACAACCAAACCAAUAUCCAGAUGAUAAUAAUCCUCUUCAAAUCAGAUUUUUCUUCCUUAGCUGUUGUUUGGUCACAGAAAAACAGCUUCUUAAGUGAUUAUUUUUGUGCCCCAGCUGCUUUUGUGUGAUUAUCAUGUUUAUUUUCUGACAUUGUUUAUAGCAAGAGCCCAAUACUAUAUUAAGUGCUUCAUUAAGUUUUUCAAAUUAACAGAAAUAGUUUGAGUAGUUCAAUCUUCACAAUUUUUAUGGAAGUCUUUUUAAAUGAACAUAUCAUUACCGAUUUGGAAUUAUAUGCACACCAUAAAAACAUUUUUACAGUCAUGUUCAACCACAUAGAGAGAAAAUGCCCCCCAUUUGUUUUAUCACAAUCUUUCAUUUCUGAGCUCCACUUUAAUCUAAGUGAAACUAUGUGACAUACACCUAUAAAUGCUAAACAAGAGAACGAUAAAUGGAAAAUAUAAGUGCACAUAGCCGAUAUUUACUGGGCUUCUUCAGCCACAGUUAUGCAGAGUCAUCCCCUGCACUGUAGUGAUAAGGCUUGCAGGACACAGAUGUGUUUAAUGACAUCAUAUUGUUGUAUAUAUAUAAAUAAAAAGAAUCAUAAAUCAA